UGUGUGUGUGUGUGUGUGUGUGUGUGUGUGUGUGUGUGUGUGUGUGUGUAACUUAUUUUACUUUAUGUAUUGACUAUUAUUGUCUGAUCUUUCUGCAAUGGCACUUGAUAUGUUUUUGUUGUCAUGGUCAUGUUCUUUUGAGCUUCAUAAAAAAGGUUUGAGAAUGUAAAAAAGCCAAAAUGUAUUUUAUUAAUGAAAUUAAAUGACAUUAAAACAUAACUGGUGCCUAAUUUUUGUAACUAAGACCACUAGAGAGAGCUGUUGUGUCCGUCUUUCUGUCUGUCUCUUGCAGCCUCCUCCUCUCCCUUUGUGUCUCUUGUCUUCUCACUUACUCUCUGUAUCAGUCUCUUGUCCUGUCUCACACACUCUCUCUCUUUCUCUGAUGUGCUGACACUUCUGUGACUCUGCUCUGAGCCCUUUCACUGUGGUUAUCAUCAUGGCUGACAUCCUGAUUACGGUGAGAUGGGCAAAACCCCAUGCUAUUCCUCUUUUCAUUUCAGCUGUGCUGAUCUCGUCUGUUCUCCCAGGCCUGUGGCUGCACACAGAAGGUCACUUGCUUUCUUCUUGCACACUCAAUGUGAGCAUUCAGGAUUUAGGCUGUCACCUGCAGUGGAAUUGCCCUGAUGUCAACUCUGACACAGCCUUCACUGUUCAGACAAAGGCUCAAGGAGAAGAGUGGCAGAAUGUAUCAAGCUGUUUCCAGAUCUUCGUCAGUAGCUGUGAUGUAUCUCAGGGCAUAACAGAUUUUGACGUGUAUAACUACAUCAGAGUGGGUCUGGGCUACAGUUCUGAGGACCUGCUAUGGACAGAAUCUGUAUCCUGCGACCCACUUAAAGACCAAAAUGGAAGGUUCAGCCCUCCCUCUAUUUCCAUCUCCCUGGAGGAGCGCAGGAUCUGGGUGGAGGUGGCCUUCCCCUGUGCUCCUGCAGCUGCUUGCUGGGAGCAGACGCCCGCUCUGAGAUGUUGCUCCGUCAUUGACUUUUUGCAGCUGAACACCACACUGUGGCUUUACAACAAGCACAAUGCGUCUGACGCUCAGACUCGCACUGAGCUGGUGCAGAAGGGCGGGCCCUUCAGCGUGGAGUUUAUUUGGCUCACUCCGGGUCAGGAGUACUGUGUGGUGGUCUCCACCGCUUCCUCCCCCUUUUCCCGUCCGCAGUGUGUUUAUGUGCCUGUGCUGGAGAACCUGAACUUGGUUGUGCUGGGACUGAGUGGUGUGCUCAUUACUUUUCUUCUCAUUGCUGUGUGUGGGCUGGGGAUCCGGUGGGCCUCAUCUGACAGCACACUCCCUAAAUCUCUGUUGGCUCUUCAGAGUGUGAACCAGGAGGACCCAUUUGAGAGUGAGUUGAGACGGCCAUCCCUGGAGGCAGAGGGCCAUGUUCUCAGCCAUCUCUCGAUCAUCUCCCUCUCCAACAUGGUAGUUUUUGAGCCCGACUCACACCAAGAGCCCUCCUCAAGCCUAGGCGCUGGGUACUACGCUUCGCCGCUGCUCCAGCACAGCGCCUGCCCUGGAGACCAUGAAGAGACUGGAGACUUGGAGACAGAUGGUGGUUCAUCUCCGCCUGAAGGACCGGAGUUUGUGCAGCUAUGGGAGCCGGCUCAUGCAGAUUCCCUUCCUCUGGGUCUCCCAGGGGUCCCGCUGAGCUCCGUCAGACUGGCCAGGGCACAGGGGGAUGAGGCGGAGCUUCAUCACCUACCCAGUUUGCUUAUGAACCUGAACGGCGACCAUGAUACGCAUGCACAGGCUGCUGGAUAUCCGGCAGAACAGAACAUGAGUUCUGAUAUCAAACUCAUGUUCUGACUUUCCUACUCAAACUUGAUCUAUCUUGAUCCUCUACUAACUUUAAUCCAGGCUGUUUUAAAAUCCCACCAGGCAUUCUAGCUAUAGUAUUGCCUACUGCUCUAAACCCAGAUAUACUUCAAGUGAAAACCUGAAGCCUUGGGAUAUGAUUUCUAAGUAUUGUUCCCCACAGUUUUUAUACAAUUCACUAAUCAGUGCCUGAGACCAAACUCACUUCUUUAAGGACCCUUCUGAGGCUGCCUAGCACAACCCUGUGCAGUUGGAGUCAUUUUGUGUGCCAGUCUAUGCCACCUUGUAUAUCUUAUUUUAUGUGUGAAUAAAUCAAAUAAAUGGUGAAAUGGAAA